CAGCACGAAAACAACAUGGCAGACGUUUUCGUCAAACCACAAAUCGGAGGAGGCGGCGGGAUUGUGAUUGACGAUGACUGGCCAGGCUACUGUUUAGAUCUCUUCAGCUAUCCGGCUCACUACUCCGGAGAUUUAGACUGUGUCGUCGUUCCACAUGGUGUCAUCGUGGACAGGAUAGAACGUCUGGCUCGAAACAUCAUGGAUGACCUGGGGGACCAUGACAUCGUGGUGCUGUGUGUGCUGAAAGGAGGCUACCAGUUCUGUGUCGACCUGGUGGACAAGAUCAAGGCCCUCAGCCGCAACUCCAACCGCACCCUCCCCAUGAGGGUCCACUUCAUCCGACUCAAGAGCUACCUGAAUGAUCAGUCAACAGAGGAUCUUCACAUAGUCGGAGCAGAGGAUUUGUCUUUUUUAGCUGGAAAGAACGUACUGAUUGUGGAGGCCAUUGUGGGCACCGGAAAGACAAUGAAUGCUCUCCUGAAGCAUGUUGAAUCCUUCAGUCCCAAAUUGAUCAAAGUAGCAGGAUUGCUGGUUAAGAGAGUGCCACAUAACUCAACAUGUCUUCCUGACUAUGUCGGCUUUGAGAUACCUGAUCGGUUUGUGGUUGGAUAUGCCUUAGACUACAAUGAGUAUUUUAGAGACCUAAAUCAUAUCUGUGUGAUCAGUGAAAGUGGGAAAACAAAAUACAAGAUUUAAAAAAGGACUGCAAAAGGAGGCCACUGUCAGAUGUCAUCUAACAGCAAGCCUGAACAUUUUCCCUGGGAUGCCAUUCACUUACAGCUGCUAUCGUGACAUUUGAUCUCAAGCAUCCCCUGAUUUGUUUAAACAUUCCUUCUAUGAAAUGUGUUAUAACAAUAGACACUGACGUUUAUCUGGUAAUUUUAUCAAAGCAAGUACAUGGUGUACUUUGCUUUUAAAGUAGCCAUUUCAUUCUUAAUGUUUACAGAAGUUAUCUGUAUUGAUAAUUGAAAUACAAGGAAACUGUGUGCCAUAGUUUGUUUGACUUUAACACAAAUUUAAUCUCAACUUUGCUUCUUGUAUGCAUUGUAAAGGCUUGAUAAUCAUGACCUGUAUGAAUGUGAUACAUUUUCUAAAGUCAGUGUGUGAUUAGGUAACAAAGGAAAGCUUCUUUUAAAAUGACAGAAACAGAGUUUUAAUAAGAAAUUAGGGAUAGAUUUUAAUGUGUACAUUGCCUGUCUGGUAUUUCAUUAGGUACUGUUGUUCUCACCUUUAAUGCUGGGCAAACACUGAGUAUACUUACUACUUUAAAACUGAGAUGUAGUGUAAUAGGUAUCUAAUUUCUGUAUUUCCUUUUAUAAUAUAACAUGCAAGUAAAGUAUUUCAAACAUU